ACUGGCUUACACUCAGCGUUAGCACGUCUCUCUCACUAAUAGUGCUCUUCGCGAACAGGCUUAACCAAUAGCACAUCUGCAGAAAAGUUUAAACUGCCACUGACAGACACAAUCGCCUGCUGGGAAUGGGAUUAUUGGCCAGGUAAUCCGGUAAGAGAAACAAAGACACCUGAAGGUCGCAGCACAAGCAGUGUUUUGCAAGUGUUUUAGAGAGAGACGUACACUGUAGAAGAACUGGGAUAAUGUUUCUGUGGGCUGGAAGCAAAGCAGCUCAAGGAUCAGGAAGUGAGAGAAGCAGGACGAUUUAUCAGAAGAUUCGAGAGUAUGAUAUUUUGGAAAAGAGGAGGACGGUGACGGCGCUGAAGGCUGGAGAGGACAGAGCCAUUCUCUUAGGUCUCAGCAUGAUCCUAUGCUCUGCCAUGAUGUACUUUGUGUUGGGCAUCACAAUGGUGCGUUCUUACUCAGACAGUGUUUGGACAGAGGAGUCAAACUGCACAGUGUUGAACUCCAGUGUAGUCACUGAGAUUAACUGUAGCUACAGCUGUGGUUCAGAGUGCCGGAGGAGCUCAAGGUAUCCCUGUCUUCAAGUGUAUGUCAGUCUGGACUCUACUGGUAAAGUUCAGCGGCUCUCAUACAACGAGGAGGCGCAUGAGGCCAAUCCUGAGUGUUUUUACAUCCCAAAGUGCCGAAAGGAGCAAACACUGAUGCACACCAUAGUGAAGAACAUCUCGGAGCGGCUCAAGAUGCACCAGCAGAUUCUGUGUUACUACGACCCCUCUGAGCAGCAGGACGGCGUACUCCUGACACGUCUCUAUGGCCGUGGGGCGAUCAUUAGCUCGCUCCUUUGGCCCACAUGCACCCUUGUCGGGGGAACGCUUAUCAUCGCAAUGGUGAAGCUCACUCAAUACCUGUCCUUCCUGUGCGAGCAGAUCAGCCGCAUUAAAAGGAUGGGGCUUUACUCCUUAAGAGGAGCUUCUCAUUCCCAGGUCUGCACCCGGAAGUUUAACGGCGGCAUCCAAGAUGGGGUUUGAUAUGCGAAUUUGGACCUGUCUUCUACUCAACAAAGUGUUUUGGCUGUUAUGUUGUCUUCCUCCUGCUUUGUUCAUCUGUCCGGGUUGUGCUGACAAGGAUGGAGUAUUUUUAUUUUUGUGAAUGAAAACUUCUUGAGGGUCAAUAGAGCCCCUAGUGUUCGUAUUUGGAACUUCAUGCUACCAGACUGGGUCAAGUCCGAUUUUGAAACUCAAGCGUCAGAAUCUGUGGUCAUGUCGUGGGGUGUUGAUUACACUUUUAGGCCACCGGAUUGCAGAGAGCCCUUUCCAAGAAGACACCACUGUGUUGGAAUACUGUAUGUCCCGAACAGUUGGCUUGAAUGUAAUCAUGGAAAUUAAAAGUAGUAUGCUUUGAACACACUACUUCAAACAGAAGUGAUUGCUGUCAUUCAUGGCUCUUUAACAAACACUUGUGAAGUUCUUCAAAGCCAAAGUCACAUGUUGAUUGUUACAGUGUAUCUGUUAAAGUAAUAGUUCAGGAAAAAUGUUAAUUCUGUCAUAAUUAUUCACUGUCUUGUGUGGGACACAAAACAUAUUUUCAAGAAUAUUUACUUAGGCCAAGUCCACAUGUACACGGGUAUUUUUAUAAAUGGGGUUUUCCCCAGUUUCUUUUUUUUUUUUUUUUUAAUCCGUCCGAAAGAAAAUGCAAAAACGCUCUGUGAUGCAUAUUAGGGGUACGCCGAACCAACAGGAGGCAAUAAUGACACUUUUAUACUGGGUUCACACCAAAGGGGGAUUAAGUAUUUGCAUGACUAAAUUGUAUACAAGUCAAUGCAAACGGGAGAGCAGAGACGGAUGCCACGGACGAACGACACAAAAUAUGCAGUGCAUUUGCUGCGAUUGUGCAGAAUUUUGUCUCAGUUUUACCUUCAACAUUUGGUGUGAACCCAACCAUGAUGGCCAAUCAGAAAGGAAAAACAAAAAAAACAGCUCAUGUUGUCAUCAUGAGGCGAAAACUCCAGUUGUAGUGUCCACAUGACCACACUGUGCCCAGAGUUGUGAAAAAUCUACAUACAAAGAAAGUUUCGGUUUCAGUAACUGCAUUUUCGAAUGGACAAACAGCGAAACCACGUAGAAAAAAAGUUCGGUUUUUUGAAAAUGUUGCUGUUGAAAUUAACCAUGUUCGUGUGGACAGGGCCUUGUUUGUACUGAUAAAAAGUAAAUAAAAACCCUGAGGAGGGUGUUUAUAGUCUCAUUGAAAAGUU